GUGUGCCUCAGAGUUCAGUUUAUUCUGAGGUUAACGACUGAAAUUCGGGUUAACAUGUUUGUCUCAAUGCCACAUUCAAUGACAUCUGCCUUGCUUUCUUCCCCACUGGGUGACAAACCCGCCGCCCUACUCUGAAUCUGCCCAGGGUCUCUGGAGCAGCGUCUCGCUGAGUUCCAUAAAUGGUAUUAAUGAGCCACAGCUGACUCCAAACAGCACAAGGAAUAAGGUGCAACGCUGAACUUCAAGUCGACCUACCGGGUACGCUAAAUUAAGUCGCUGUCACUAAAAUGGAGAAGUAUGAAAAGCUAGCUAAGAUCGGAGAAGGCUCUUAUGGCGUUGUGUUCAAGUGCAGAAACAAGUCUUCAGGACAAGUAGUAGCGAUCAAAAAAUUCGUGGAAUCUGAAGAUGAUCCUGUUGUUAGGAAAAUAGCCCUGCGGGAAAUCCGUAUGCUGAAGCAGUUGAAACACCCAAACCUCGUGAACCUCAUCGAGGUGUUCAGAAGAAAGAGAAAGAUGCAUCUAGUUUUUGAGUACUGUGAUCACACGCUGUUAAACGAGCUGGAGAGAAACCCAAACGGAGUUUCUGAUGGAGUGAUCAAAAGUGUGCUAUGGCAAACCCUUCAAGCCCUUAACUUCUGUCACAAGCAUAAUUGUAUUCAUCGGGACGUAAAACCUGAAAACAUCCUAAUAACCAAGCAAGGAAUGAUAAAGAUUUGUGACUUUGGAUUUGCACGAAUUCUAAUUCCAGGAGACGCCUACACAGACUAUGUUGCCACCAGGUGGUACCGAGCCCCUGAACUUCUGGUGGGAGACACGAAGUACGGUUCCUCUGUGGACAUGUGGGCCGUGGGCUGUGUUUUUGCAGAGCUCCUGACGGGUCAGCCACUCUGGCCAGGAAAAUCAGAUGUGGACCAACUUUAUCUGAUCAUCAGGACGUUGGGAAAGCUGAUCCCAAGGCACCAGUCUAUCUUUAAAAGUAACCAGUUUUUCCGUGGCAUCAGCAUACCUGAACCAGAGGACAUGGAGACUCUUGAAGAAAAAUUCUCAAAUGUUCAGCCUGUGGUUUUAAGUUUCAUGAAGGGAUGCCUGAAGAUGAAUCCUGACGAGAGACUGACCUGUGCCCAGCUGCUGGACAGUGCCUACUUUGAUUCUUUUCGAGAGGAUCAAAUGAAAAGAAAAGCCCGCAGUGAGGGCAGAAGCCGACGGCGCCAGCAGAAUCAACUGCUGCCCCUUAUACCUGGAAGCCACAUCUCCCCCACACCUGAUGGAAGAAAACAAGUCGUCCAGUUAAAAUUUGACCAUCUUCCAAACAUUUAGGGAACUCAUUCUUCCCAGCACAUUCUUUUAAUAUGUCUACAUAUGCAUAAGACAGGAAUCCUCGGCGUCUCAAAUGCAGUGAGCUACAUGAACGCGAGGGCACCUCUGAUCACCAUGGGCUUUUUUCCCCUGUGCUUUUUCCAUGCCAGCUCCAUCUCCUAAAACAUUCUCUUUAAACGUUGCAAUGUCAAAAUGGCACAUUCGAAAGAGAUGCUCCCAGUUUCACCAGAGCUGGGCUUCCUUAGGCCAUUGAUACUGUGCAUCUGUGGACUUAACACUUCAACCUAGGGAAAGAUUUCCACAUAGCCGUCUCACUUCAGCUGACCAGUGGCAUCCUGAAGCAGACCCAGAUCUUCUGGCUGCUGUUUGUGGAGGACCUGAGCCCCCUCACUGGACUUUCUUCUCCAUGUAGCCGGGUCUUACUUUAGUCUGCAUUAUGUUGUCGCGGCAUGGCACUCAUGAAAGGUGGUCUAGGUUUACCCCUGACUCCACAGCAGAUGCUCUUCUCCUCCUCGUGAGGAGCUGACAAGUCUGCUUCUAAAACAAGCUGGAGGAAAUGCCAAACAUGACCAGUAGUGGACAGACUACAAGGAACCGACCACCAUACCACAGUAACACCCCGAAUCCCUGGCUGCCCACCCACUCUAAGGCUAUCCUGGCUCACCAUGGUUUCUUUUUCUUUUCUUCUUUUUUAAUCUAUUUGUACAUAUGAGAAAGAGGAAGAGGGGCAAGAGAAACCUCAUGUGUGAAAGUCAAAGGACAAGCAGGAGGCCAGCCUAAGGUACCUAGCAAGGCCUUUCCUCCACAUCUUCUCUCUAAGGUUUUUUGAACCCUAGUCCCUGCUGUCGAUUGUAUAAAAUAUUCCUACAUAUAUUGUUGUCAUUGUUGAAAUAUCUAAAGAUCUUGGUAGAAGUAGAAGUGUUCAAAAUGUUCUUCACGUUGGUAAAUAUCUUACUUAGUAUUUCAUUUCUGAUCUCAUUACAGUUAGAUUAAAACAUCAAAGGAUGAGUAUGUAUUACUCUGCAUCUUAGAAUUAUACCUGUUUUAGCUACAUUAAACCUUGUGAAAGCCUGGGGCCAUAACUGAACCUGUGGGGUUCUUGCCUGUGUACAGGAAACCCUCUGGUUUUGUCUCUAGCAUGGAAUAAAACAGCUAUAGUCACACCUACCUGGAAGUAAAAAUUCAAAGUCACUGUCUUUGACUAUAUAGAGAGUCCAAGGCCAUGCUGGGCUACACCUCUCCAGGCAUGAAGGUCAGUGUUUGUAUCAAGGGGCAGGAAAGGAGAGUCCAAGGUCAAGGCCAGCCAAGGCUGCAUAGUGAGUUGAGGCUCUUCAGCAAAACAAAAGCAAACUAAUAGGAGUUGUUGACGGUAGUCACUGGCCAUUUCUCUAAAUAUCAUCCUGCUGAGGAAGAAGCUUAGUUUAUUUUAGAAUGAACUAAUGUAGAAGCUGGGCUAUUUCAGAUUGUUUGAAAUUGUAGCUAUUGUUAAUUAGCACUUAAUAAUUAGCAUUAUGAUAGUCUAAACUAUUAGAGUUUACUACAAAGAGGUUUUGAUUGAAUUAUAUUAAACAUAUCAUAUUAUGGAUUUUAAAAAUUUAACUUAAGAUGUUUAGGAAAGCUAUAUAAGGAUUAAACAUUUUUGUGACUAUAUUUGUAUAUAUACCUUGAUUGUUCUUUAAAUUAUUUUAAUAAAAGCCAGAAACAUUUCUGUCUCCUAA